CACACAAGGUGAUGAAGAGUAGUUCUAGCAGUUCCUCAGAAAGCUACAGAUGGAAAACUGCCAAGCCCACAUCGUCAUCUUCCGAAAGCGAUCCCAUUAAGAUGGAGGGGGAAAUACUUCUAACGUUGAAAAAGAAGCAGCCACAUCGCGCUAGAAAGUACUAUGCAAUAAUGACUAAGGGAUAUCUGCAACUGUUCACGAAUAAAGAAAAUCCUGCCUAUAGAUAUCAAAUCGACCUCUCGAAGGUGGUGCUGAAGGAUGAAGGCAAAUCCAUAACCAUCAAUUUUAGGGUUGAGUCACAUAUCUUUGUCCCAGUGGACGAAAAUAGCUUUGAAAAGUGGAGAGACUGCAUCUUCAAGCACCAACUUUACCGCAAGUCACGUACAAUGUAA